UGACCCACCCUUGUGUUUGGAUAUGGCCCAUAGCUAUGCCCGCAAGUGAAUGUAUACUCCAUCCCCACUCUUGAAUUAAUCCACACCCCACCGAUCCUUGAGAAGCCGGUCAUGAAACCACGUACCUGGCUUCAGUCAGUGUCCAGGAAUCAUGACGGCGGUAGAGUCAUCGUCUCUUAAGGUCGCCAUUAUAGGUGGUGGUUUGGUUGGAGCCCUUGAGGCAUGCUUUUUCGCCAAACGAGGGCACAAUGUUCACCUCUACGAGUAUCGUGAAGACAUUCGACUGGUGGAAGAAAUUCGUGGCAGGAGUAUAAACCUUGCUCUUUCCGCUCGUGGUAGAGCAGCACUUCGCGAAGUUGGACUAGAAGACCUACUGAUUAAGGAUCACGGAAUCCCGAUGCGAGCUCGAAUGAUACACGGCAAGGAUUGCAGCCUCACUGAGAUACUGUACGAUCCGGUCAAUAAGAAUUGUAUAUACUCGGUCAACAGAAGAUAUCUGAACGAGAUCUUGCUGAAUGCUGCGGAAAAGUAUCCAAACGUAAGAUUAUAUUUCAACAAGAAGCUUCAGAGUGCAGAUCUGGAAAAUGGAAAGAUGACAUUCAUAGAUCGUAAGACAACGAAGGAAGAAGAGGCUUCGGCCGAUUUGAUCGUCGGAGCUGACGGAGCGUUUUCGACGGUACGUAGGAUCAUGACGAAAAGGCCGCUUUACAAUUUCAGCCAAACAUACAUCGAGCACGGAUACAUGGAGUUGUGCAUACCGGCUAAAGAUGAUGGACAGUUCGCCAUGGCGAAAAACAAUCUUCACAUCUGGCCUCGAGGAGAGUUCAUGAUGAUUGCACUGCCGAAUCAGGACGGAUCUUACACUGUGACCCUUUUCGCACCCUUUGCGACAUUUAAUAGUCUCAAGACGCCUCGGAAGCUGCUCGACUUCUUCAAGGAACAAUUUGCGGACGCAGUGCCGUUGCUCGGUGAGGACAAGCUAACCGAAGAUUUUUUCAACAACAAGCCUCUCCCUCUGGUCUCGAUCAAGUGUCGACCCUUCCACGUUAAGAGUUCAGCCCUUAUAAUCGGAGAUGCUGCUCACGCGAUGGUUCCUUUUUACGGCCAAGGAAUGAACACAGGCUUUGAGGAUUGCUUGAUUCUCGACAGACUGUUUGAAACACAUCGAUCAGACUUGAGCAAGGUUUUACCUGCUUUCUCCGAAGUCAGGUGUACGGAUAGCCACGUUAUCUGCGAUCUGGCGAUGUACAAUUACAUCGAGAUGCGAGAUUUGGUGAACAAAAAAUCUUUCAUCAUACGAAAAUACUUGGACACUUUUCUCUACUGGCUAUUGCCAAAUACGUGGGUGCCACUCUACAACUCCGUCCACUUUUCAAGAAUGCCUUUUCACAAAUGCACCGCUAAUCGUUCCUGGCAAGAGAAGAUCAUCCGACGCAGUGCUUACUUUUUCAUCACCAUUAUUUUCGCUGUACUUAUCGGGAUUUUGAGCGGACAGCGGAUAUUCAAAUCGUGAAUCCUAAAAGAGACGGCUGGAUGAAGAGAAGAACGAAUUCUGAAACAAAGAC